UGUCUCGAUUUCUCAAUGGGCUACGCGGUGUUGGCGGCGGUGUUGGCGGUGAUGGUGCUGGAGGUGGUGGUGGAGGUGGUGCUGUGCACCAUAACAAGAGUUCAGUUACCAUCGAAACGUCACGUGGGGAGGUCGCAUGUCCCCGCCGCUGGUUCUUCCCCCACGUGCUUCCCCCCCUUAGAAAACCUUAAAAUGGCGCUCGAUAAAGAAAAAAUGAACUUCUCCUUCGCCGGCUGUGGCUUCCUCGGGAUCUACCACGUGGGCGUAGCGGCGUGCCUCAAGAAAUACGCCCCUAACUUACUAGUCAACAAGAUAUCGGGGGCCUCCGCGGGGGCUCUUGCGGCCGUGUGUCUGCUGUGUGACUCCCCACUCGGCAUCAUCACCUCGUCAGUGCUAAAGACUGCCACGGAGGCGAGGAGAUGCACGCUGGGGCCCUUCAGUCCGACCUUCAACGUGGAGAAACUACUACGGGAGGGGCUGCUGAGUGUGCUCCCUGACGACGCCCACAAGAUCGUGAGCGGCAGACUGUUCAUCUCGGUCACGCGGGUCAGCGACGGCAAGAACAUCCUCCUGUCCCAGUUCGAUACCCGCGAGGAGCUGAUCCAUGCCAUCCUGUGCUCCGCCUUCAUCCCUGGGUUCAGCGGGUGGGCGCCGGUGACGUUCCGCGGUGUUCGGUACGCUGACGGCGGCUUCAGCGACAACCUUCCCUCCCUGGACCGGCACACCAUCACCGUCAGCCCCUUCUGCGGCGAGAGUGACAUCUGCCCCCGCGACGCGCCCUCCCCCGGCCUCCUGCAGGCCAUUCUCUGCUCGUGCUGGGUGCCUGGGUUCAGUGGGUGGGUGCCGCCUCUGUGCCGCGGGGUUCGGUACCUGGAUGGGGUGCUGAGUGACAACCUGCCGCAUCUUGACCCGCACACCAUCACGGUCAGCCCCUUCGCCGGGAACGUGGACAUCUGCCCCAGGGAUAAGAAUGCCGCGCGGGGCUGGGCAGCGGUCAACCUCGCCAACACCAGCAUUGAGCUCAGCAAGGAGAACCUGUACCGCUUCGCCCGCAUCCUCUUCCCGCCACACCCGAAUGUCCUGAGCAAGAUGUGCCAGCAAGGGUUCAACGACGCCCUGGACUUCCUGCAGCGGAACAACCUCAUCUCGUGCACCCGAUGCCUCGCCGUGCAGUCCAGCUUCAACCUCACCGAGUCCCCGGAGGUGGUGAAGGUCGACCACGAACACCACGGGCCGGACGACAACUGUAACGACUGUAGCAAGCAGAGGAAGGAAGCCAUCCUUGACCAGCUCCCCGAGGCUGUGGGUAGUAUCCUGCAGGACGCCAUCAACAAGGCCAACACGGAGCUCACCAACUGGGUCUUCAAACACAAGUCCAUGAAGCUGCUGUCCAUUCUUACCUUACCCUACGUUCUACCCAUGGAUAUUGCGUACUCGGCGUAUCUGAGGUUCAUGCAGUCCGCGCCCACCGCCACCGGCAUCCAGAGCUUGGCGAAACAGGUCAUCGCGUUGGUCAAGACACUCCUGCGCACCACCUCCCCAGCCUCCCUCCUCCGCCACCCGCACCACCGCCACCGACACGUUAACGACACGAAGUUCUCCUGUCAACUGGCCAUCACGCAAUUCUCAGGCGAUGUGGAGGCUCAGCACGUACAUAACAAGCAGAACUUCGACUUCACGCUGGACCUGGACACAAUGGAGGGCAUGCCACAGAGCCACAUUGACGCGAUGGCCCUGGAGUCUCAAGCUCUGGCCGAGGUUGCCCUGCGCUGUGCCUCUCGCUCUGUGUCACGCGCCGCCUCACGCAUGCCGUCGCGCGCACCAUCCCGGGCGCCAUCGAGAGGGCCGUCGAGGGCUGUGUCGCGUGCUGUGUCGCGUCGGCCGUCCGUGGUUGACUUGCCGGACCUGUCGAACCUGGAGGCGUACAGCACGGAAUCGCUCACCGGGGAGGACGCCUUCGAGAGGAUUCUGGACGUGACAACACACCAGGAAGCAUUGAUGGCGUACUACUACCUCGACGACAACAAUGAGGUCAGAGUCACCGAGAUCUUUGACAUGACCAACGCCAGCGAUGAGGUCGAGAGUGAGCAGGACAGCGACCUCCACCACCUCCACCACUCCCACCACAGCCUGCAACCCCCACACUGGUCGCCGCUCAGUCGCCUCAACAGCCUCCACAACCGACUGCGAACGACCUCCAUCGGGUCCGACUUUGAGCUCGAGGACGAGGGGGCGGCGUCUGUCUCAGGGUCUGCAGAAGGGUCCUCGCCGCACACCACCCCCUCCGACACUGAGUCCGAGUACUGCCGGAGGCUUCCUCCACCCCGCGCCCCGCCCCACACCCCGCCCCGCUCCCCGCCUAACAGCUUCUCAGAGGACUUAUUUUCGUGGCUCUGCAGAGUUGACGCGAAAAACCCAGAGUCUGACCAGCUGUUUGGGGCCUCCAUCGGACACUGACGGACUGGGGACCUCUUCUACUACUACUACAACUACUACUACU